AUGGCCUCCACCAAGUCUGUCGCCAGACUUCUGGCCUACUCCCGUCCAUCGCCCUUCGCUCUCCGUCCCACCCCCAUCGGCUCCAUCGCAAACUUCUCCUCCUCAGUGACCCGCGCUGCGACGCCAGCUGGUCCUCCCCAACCGGGCUUCCGCUUGCCCCCUCAGCCGAAAUGGGACCAAGGCACCGAGUCCUCCCUCGACAAGGCCGGAAAGUAUUUCCUCAUGGCCGAGCUAAUGCGCGGCAUGUACGUCGUGCUGGAGCAGUUCUUCAGACCUCCUUACACCAUCAUGUACCCUUUCGAGAAGGGUCCCAUCUCCCCUCGCUUCCGCGGUGAGCACGCCCUGCGUCGUUAUCCCACCGGUGAAGAGCGCUGCAUCGCCUGCAAGCUCUGCGAGGCCAUCUGCCCGGCCCAGGCCAUCACCAUCGAAGCCGAGGAGCGUGAGGAUGGAAGCCGUCGGACGACCCGUUAUGAUAUCGAUAUGACCAAGUGCAUCUACUGUGGAUACUGCCAGGAGAGUUGCCCCGUCGAUGCCAUCGUUGAGACCUCCAACGCUGAAUACGCCACCGAAACCCGUGAGGAGUUGCUGUACAACAAGGAGAAGCUCCUUGCCAACGGUGACAAGUGGGAGCCCGAAAUUGCCGCUGCCGCCAGAGCCGAUGCUCCUUACCGCUAA